UCUGUCCCUCCAUCCCUCUGUCUCUGUCCCUGUGUCCCCUCAGCUGGUGAACAUGUGUUCCAGUGACGGUCAGAGGGUGUUUGAGGCCGCAGCAGUGGGCAGUCUGUUGGCCGGAGGCCCCCUGGUGGCCGUUCUCGGCAUUGUCUACAAUCUGUUGAUUCUGGGCCCGACGUCUCUGCUGGGAUCGGCUGUCUUCAUCCUGUUCUACCCAACCAUGAUGUUCAGCUCCAGACUGACGGCAUUCUUCAGGAGGAAGGGGGUGGCCAUCACAGACUGCCGGGUCCAGAAGAUGAACGAGAUCCUGAACCACAUCAAGGUCAUCAAGAUGUAUGCCUGGGUCAAGGCCUUCGCCCAGGAUAUCCAGAGGGUCCGUGAGGAGGAGCGGAGGAUCCUGGAGCUCACCGGUUAUUUCCAGAGUAUCACUGUGGGCGUCGCUCCAAUAGUUGUCGUCAUUGCAAGCGUGGCAACAUUCUCUGCCCACAUGUUGCUAGGAUUCGACCUGACGGCAGCUCAGGCCUUUACCGUGGUGACUGUGUUUAAUGCAAUGACCUUUGCCCUGAAGGUCACGCCGUUCUCCGUCAAGUCCCUGUCAGAGGCUUCAGUCGCCAUGGAGAGGUUCAAGAAUCUCUUUCUGUUGCUGGAGGUCGACAGCAUCCGGGCAUUGCCUGGCGACCCCCGGGUUGCCGUGGAGAUGUGUGGUGCCAGUCUGGCGUGGGAGGGGGGCGGACAGAGCACUCAGCCCAGCCCGAGUGUCCGGACGAGCAGCAGGCUCAGACACAGGUGCAGAGACGGAGGAGUUCUUCAGGACGGGGAGGAAGAGGAGGAGGAGGUGACUGGCUCCCUGCUGAGAGGAGGAGGAGGAGGAGGAGGAGGAGGAGGAGGAGAUGUAGCCUGCAGUCCAGAGGAGGACGACGGGGAGGAGAAGGAGGUCUGUCCCCAUCGCCCGCGCCUUCAGAGCACCCUGCACUGCAUCACUCUGAGUGUCCAACAGGGGAAGCUGGUCGGUGUGUGUGGAAGUGUCGGUAGCGGGAAAACCUCGCUGAUCUCUGCCAUCUUAGGACAGAUGACUGUGUUGGAGGGCAGUGUGGCCGUCAGAGGACGGCUGGCCUACGUGGCUCAGAAGGCCUGGAUCCUGAACGCCACACUGAGAGACAACAUCCUGUUUGGACAGGAGUACCAGGAGGACAGGUACCAGUCUGUGCUGAGUGCCUGCUGUCUCAGACCAGACCUCUCCUUGCUGCCCAACGCUGACCUUACAGAGAUUGGCGAGCGUGGUGCAAACCUGAGUGGUGGACAGCGCCAGCGAAUCAGCUUGGCCCGCGCCCUCUACAGUGACCGGGACGUUUACAUCCUGGAUGACCCGCUGAGCGCCCUCGACGCCCAUGUGGCCAACCACAUCUUCCACAACGCCGUCAGGAAGCAGCUUCGCCACAAAACCGUCAUCUUUGUCACCCACCAAAUGCAGUACCUUGUAGACUGUGAUGAUGUCAUCCUGAUGAGGGAGGGGAGUAUAGUGGAGCAGGGUAACCAUGACAACCUGAUGAAACUGAAUGGAAACUACGCCGCCAUGUUCAACCACUUCCAGGUGGGAGACACUCCGCACAUUGAGGCUCCCAGCAGGAAGUCCGGUGGUUCUCAGAGGAAACUGGCAGACAGUAAACCAGCAUCAAUGAAGAGGAACAUAUCGGUCAUCAAAGAUAACGGGGAGAAGCAGCAGAGUGGGGGUGUGGCCUGGCCCGUGUUCCGGCUUUACAUGGCGGCGUGUGGUGGCUCCACCUCCUGCCUGCUGAUCCUGGUCCUGUUUAUUCUCAGUGUGGGAAGCUCUGCCUUCUGCCAGUGGUGGCUCAGCUACUGGAUCAACCAGGGCAGCGGGGUCAGACACCUCCUCCUCAUCACCUCCUCCUCCCCAUCACCUCCUCCUCAUCUUCAUCAUCAUCUUCAUCACCUCCUUCUCGUCAUCAGGACCUCCUCAGUAUCUCCUCUUGACCAUCCUGCUUUCAUAAGAUCUCUCCUCCUGACUCCUCCUCUUCCUGCUCAUCCUUUCAUGUCUCCGCCGUCCUGCUCCAGAACGCCACAGAAACCCGAGGCAACAGUUCAAUGGUGAGCAUCAGCAUGAAGGACAAUCCCCUGAUGCAACACUACGCCGCUGUGUACGCCUCCUCCAUGGGAGUCAUGCUCUUCUUCAAACUCAUCAGAGGCAUAGUCUUCGUCAAGGUCAGGACGUCACCGACCUCACCGACCUCACAGACCUCACUGACCUCACAGAC